GUGCUUCGAGGAGUUUGCGGCUACCGGCCCCGCCACCUUCCUGGGCAUCAUCAGCGUCGAACGCCGGAAUGCGGACGGUGUGGACGACUUCUUGGCGUGCGCCGGGGCCUCCAUGCAGGUGACGCAAGUGCUGAGAGACGAGGCUCGAGGGUGGUUCAUCUACGAGCUGAGAAAAAAGGUGCCAGCAUGAGG